AUGAGUUCUAAGUCAAAAUCCGUAGGGGUCAUUGGAGCUCCUUUCUCAAAGGGACAGCCACGAGGAGGGGUGGAAGAAGGUCCUAUUGCAUUGAGAAAAGCUGGUCUACUUGAGAAACUUCAAGAACAAGCAUGUGAUGUGAAAGAUUAUGGAGAUAUGCCCUUUGCUGAUGUCCCGAAUGACAAUCCCUUUCAAAAAGUGAAGAAUCCGAGGUCAGUGGGAAAAGCUAACGAGCAGCUGGCUGCUAUGGUGUCAGAAGUCAAGAAGACUGGGAGAACCAGCUUGGUCCUCGGUGGAGAUCACAGUUUAGCGAUUGGCAGCAUCUCUGGCCAUGCCAAAGUCCACCCUGAUCUCUGUGUUGUUUGGGUGGAUGCCCACACGGAUAUCAACACUCCACAGACAACCACAAGUGGGAACUUGCAUGGACAACCUGUGUCUUUUCUCCUGAAGGAACUACAGGGAAAGAUUCCUGAUAUACCGGGAUUAUCUUGGGUGACUCCCUGCAUAUCUGCUAAAGACAUUGUAUACAUUGGCUUGAGAGAUGUGGAUCCUGGUGAACACUACAUUUUGAAAACUUUGGGUAUUAAGUUCUUUUCGAUGAGUGAAGUGGACAAGCUGGGGAUUGGUAAAGUGAUGGAAGAAACACUCAGCUAUCUACUAGGAAGAAAGAAAAGGCCAAUUCAUCUGAGUUUUGAUGUUGAUGGACUGGACCCGUCUUUCACACCAGCUACUGGCACACCAGUCCUAGGAGGUCUGUCUUAUAGAGAAGGUCUCUAUAUUACAGAAGAAAUUUACAAAACAGGGCUACUCUCAGGAUUAGAUAUAAUGGAAGUGAAUCCAUCGCUGGGGAAGACACCAGAAGAAGUAACUCGAACAGUGAACACAGCAGUAGCUAUCACCUUAUCUUGCUUUGGAGUUGCGCGGGAGGGUAAUCAUAAAGAUAUUAACUAUCUUAGCCCACCUAAGUAA